AUGGCGGCAGCGGCUGCUCGCCCUCCAGUGAAGGACUACGAGAUUGAGCCAUGUAAAAAGAGAAGGAAAGAUGAUGAUGGAUCUUCCUGUGAGACAAUUACAAAGUAUUUAUCACCAGUAGGGAAGACUGGAGAUAGGAUUUUCUCUUCGCCAAAAUCCAACAAUAUUCUAGAUUAUUUUAGAAAAACCUCACCCACAAAAGAGAAGACUCAAUCGAUCAAAGAAUGUAAAAUAAAAUCAUCUGUCCCAUUGCCUGUUGAAAAUGACAAGGACUGUGAAACCCCUUUGGAAAUGUUCUCAAACACAGACCUUAGGAAGAGAGGGAAGAGAGUUAAUUUAUCACAUCAGCUAAAUAAUAUCAAAAGUGGACGUGACUCUCCAAUUGAAAUUAGUAGUGAGGAUAGCAAAGAAGACUCUAGUUUUAAUGAGGACUUGAUACAAAGUAGUACUUCUAUUUUAUUCUUCCAGAAACAUGUAGAGAUUCUUGCAGAAGGUAGUCAAGAUAAUAAAAACCAGGCCAGCACUAUGACCUGCAAGCCAAGUUCUAAGAAAGUAAACUCAAAACAAAACACUACAAGAAAUGAUUGCAAAAAUAUGAAGAAAAGGAAACACAGAGAUGUAGUAGAUCUCGCUGAGAGUUUAUCCUUGACAAAGGAACUGAAAAAAGAUGGCAAAGAUGAUAAACAGAUAAUAUCCCUACCUAAUGAGAUAGAGGGUACUGUAUAUGAUGCAAACCCUGGAGAUAAUGGAGCUAAAAUAUCCCAGUUAAAUGAUAAUACAGUCACUGUCUCAUAUGAGGACUUUUUGAAAAGUCACAAGGAAAACAAAGUGGAACAGAUGGCAGACUCUACAAUGCCAAUUUGUGUUCCUUCUGCUACUGUUGGGAAAAUAAUCAAAAGUGCUUAUAUAAGUGACAUAGAAACUUGUGAAAGUUCCCAACAGUUACACUGUAAGACGGUGACUGUUCUUGCACAAGUUCACCCUGCACCCCCAAGGAAGACAGGGAAAAUACCCUCCAUUUUCUUGAAACAAAAGCAAGUUGAAAUGGAAAACAGUUUCUCUGAUCCUGAGAGUGAGCAGGCAAUUCAGAAAAGAAAAUCUAAUGUUGUUAUACAGGAGGAAGAGUUAGAGUUGGCGGUGCUGGAAGCUGGAAGUUCUGAAGCUGUGAAACCGAAAUGCACUCUUGAAGAAAGACAACAGUUUAUGAAGGCAUUUAGACAGCCAGCCUCAGAUGCACCAAAAAACGGAGUUAAAAAGUCUUCUGAUAAGCAGAAAGACCUAAAUGAAAAAUCAUCUCAUGAGGAAGGCACAGAUAAUGGUUCUGAAAGCAUCACGGAAAAUCCUGAUGCCCAGAUACCUUCAAAUAAUGGCACUUCACACACUGAUAAAGGGAAUCUUCCUAAGGAGAAAAGUAAAAAGCUCAAGAAAAAGGGUAAAAAAUUAUUAGUGACUGUGGCUGCACCGAGUGAAACUAGAGAAGAAAAUACUCAAAAGAAAAAAACCACCUCUUGCUUAAAAAUGAACCCAAAUAAAAGUAGAAUGAGAAUGAGUUUAAGGCAAAAGAAAACCGAAGAUUUCAAAAGCAGCACAUUAUUUAACUCUGAAAAUCUUGUUUGUGAAGAUAGAACAAAGAAUGACCCUUUAAGGAUUUCCUCCCUACGUAACAGUAAAUCAAAGAAAACCAGUACUCCAGUUAAGGCUGUCAGAGACACACAUUCUAAACUUGAACCUGGAGACAACUUGGCAAGUGUGUCCACACCCAAAUCAACCAGAAGAUCUGGAAGAAGUAACAACACAACAAUUAUUCAAGAUUCUGAUUUUGAAAACACAGAAGAUAACAGUCCAAUAAAGGUUUCUACACCAAAAGCAGCCAGCUUACCAGGAAAGCAUAAUUUAUAUACAGCAGAAUUAAUAACAAUACCUUCUGAUUCAGAGAGUCCUAUUAGAAUGAAAUUCACCAGAAUUAGUACUCCUGAAAAAUCUAAGAAAAGAUAUAAGAAAAAAUCUCGGAAAUCGGAAGCAACUGAUGGAGAUUUUAUUUCUCAGAAGAGAAAGGCACGUAAAGCUUCAAAGAAUGUAUCAAAAGCAAAACGAUUGAUUGAAAAAGCAAAAGCUUUACAUAUUAGUAGGGCGAAAGCUCCUGAUGAAAUAUCUACACCUUUAAGGCGUUCCUCUAGACAUCAGGCACUUAUUGAAAGGAAGAGAUUAUCAGAAACAGAUGACUCUGUAAUAAUUAUAGAUCCAAGUCCUCCUCCUUUAAAGCAGCCUGAGAAGAAUCAGAAGACACUUAAGUGCUUGAAUGAUGUAUUAGGAAAAAAUCAUAACCAAACACCUAAAAAUGUACCUGGAAAAAUGAAGGUCGCCCCUGUAUUUCUUACCAGAAAAGCUAAAAAAACAGAUAAUCCUGUCACUGGAUUUGAUGAAAGCAGUCAAGCUCUAUCUGAAAAAUCUCAGAAUGGUGAUGUGCAAUGUAAAGCAAAACGUGAGUUUCUGAUGAGCGGUCUGCCAGACUUGUUGAAAAGACAGAUUGCAAGGAAAGCAGCUACACUGGAUGCAUAUAAUGCAGCAAGUACUAGUUUCCAGAGAGUUGUUCAUAUUCAACAAAAAGAUGAAGGGUGUGAUUUAUGGCAUUUGACACCUCCCUCUUGUCCUCUUUUAACGAAAUUUAGAGAACUGAGUAUUAAAAUAGUAGGUUCCUCAAAACGUGCUCUUACUCUUGGUGAAUUUUCAACACUGAAUUCAAAUUCAAAAAGCAACCAUCCUGGUGCUCCAGUUAUGGGGACAAGGAAAGCUUUUACUGAAGAAGUAAGGAAUCUUUUGCUGGAGGAGAUUAGAUGGUCAAAUCCUAAAUUUUCUUUGAAAGAUUAUUUCCCUUUGCUUCUCAAAAAACGAACCGAGCAUUUGGUACUUUCUGAAUGUCUUAGUAAACAAGAAAGUCCACAAGUAGAAUCCAGUGCCAUUCAAAAAGAAAUGAAAAGGAAAAGAGUGGAAGCAGAGAAUCCUAAAUCAAAAAGAAAGAAAGUGCAUGACUGUCCAGAAAAUCCAAAAAGGAGAAGUGGGAAACCGGAAGAACUUGACAAUCGAAAUGACUCCUCUGAGACACAGUUAGAUUCUUCUAAAGAUUCUGGAAUUGAAGAUGUGCUAUGGACUGAAAAGUAUCAGCCUCAGAACUCCAGUGAGCUCAUAGGCAAUGAGCUAGCCAUAAAAAAGCUAUAUAGUUGGUUGAAAGACUGGAAAAGAAGAGCUGAAUUGGAAGAAAGACAGAAUUUGAAGGGAAAAAAGGAUGAAAAACAGGAAGAUCUGUCAGAUAGCAUAGAUUUUAAAGGCAGUUCCGAUGAUGAAGAAGAGAGUCGCCUUUGUAAUACGGUGCUAAUAACUGGGCCAACAGGAGUGGGGAAGACUGCUGCCGUGUAUGCCUGUGCUCAGGAGCUUGGUUUUAAGAUAUUUGAAGUGAAUGCCUCUUCCCAGCGCAGUGGUAGACAAAUAUUAUCUCAACUAAGGGAAGCUACUCAGUCUCAUCAAGUAGAUAAACAAGGUGGAAAUGCACAGAAGCCUUGUUUCUUCAAUAGCUACAACAUAAGCAAGUCUCCACGAAAAUUAAACUCCCCGAAGAAAGUUGUUACAUCACCGAAGAAAAUUUUUCCACCUUCACCAAAAAGUAGUGGACCAAAGCGAGCACUACCUCCUAAAACUUUAGCAAAUUAUUUUAAAAUAUCCUCCAAAUCAAAAAAUAAUGAAGAAACAGGAGCACUUCAGGAGGAUAGUAAAGGAAUCAAAAAUUCUUUUGACCAGAAACAAAUUAUUCACAAUAAGUCCACAAACACAGUUAAUUCAAACAAAGAACUUGGUGUUGAGGAACUAAACAAGAGAAAUGCGACAUCUCUUAUUCUUUUUGAGGAGGUUGAUGUGAUUUUUGAUGAGGAUGCUGGGUUUUUGAACGCAAUCAAAACUUUCAUGGCAACAACAAAAAGACCGGUAAUCCUUACUACAAGUGAUCCAACAUUUAGUUUAACAUUUGAUGGCUGCUUUGAAGAAAUCAAAUUUAAUACUCCUUCCCUUCUAAAUGUGGCCAGCUACUUACAGAUGAUCUGCUUGACUGAGGAUUUUAGAACUGAUGUGAAAGAUUUUAUCACCUUUCUGACUGCAAAUGCUUGUGAUAUCAGAAGAAGUCUCCUUUAUUUACAGUUCUGGAUUAAAAGUGGAGGUGGGAGUUUAGAAGAAAAGCCAUUAUCCUUUUGUGGGAAAAAAAGCAGAAAUGGUCAGCUAGUUUGUUCUGACAGUGGCCGUGAUUCCAAGAAAAACACUAAAAAGAAUUCUCCAAUUCUUCCCAAAUGUGAUAUUGGCUGUGCUGAGACUUGGUUUGGCCUUAAGAACAUUUUUCCCCCAUCUGAAGAUAUGUUUUCAUUUAUAAAGCACAAAAUCACAACUAAGGAAGAAUGGCAUAAACUCAUCCAGCUUCUUACACAAUUCCAAACUUGGAAUGUAGAUUUUUUAUAUAGUAAUCUUGAGUUUAUUCUGCCAUUACCAGUUGCUGUCAUCUUGGAAACCACAAACCUUGGGGGCUCAUCAGUAACUUUGGGUGUCAGUCCAGCAAAGAAAAGUGUGGCAUGUCUUGAAGGAGAGCAGUUAUCAAGAAAGUCACAAAAAAAGAAAAAUAAGAAAAAGAUAGUCACACUGGACGACAGUGACUUAUUUGACACUGAAUUAGACCUUUCUCAUGAGCUCAUUAGCCUGUCUCCUUCCACAUUGGCAAGUCCAGAAGAAUGCAAAGUCAGAUACAGUGAAAGCUCACGAGAGACAAGGAAAGGCAACAAGUGCUCAGAAUCUAAUACUGACUCUAUUCCUCAGCCUCCUAUGACCCCAGCUGAAAAAAAGUGUUCGGCCUUGGUUUCUCAUUGUUUAAAUUCCCUCACUGAGUUUAUGGAGAACAUGUCCUUCUUAGAUGCUCUUUUAAUUGAUGUAAAGGAGCCAAAGGAAUUUGGUAAAAAUGACUUUAGUUGGACUAAUGGAAAGGUGAAAAAUGGGCUUUGUGAUGAAUUUAGUCUCGAGAGCUGUGAUGACUGGCCUUUUAAAUGCUCUGGGGAAUUAAAGGCGGCUGUAGAAGCUCUCAGCUUCACCAAGUGCUCUUCUGCUAUUUCAAAAGCAUUGGAAGCCUCUCUGCAUUCUUGCAAGAAGUUAGGAAGAGAUCCAACUGGAGAUCUUACUUGUUAUGUUUCACCACAAUGCAACAAUGUAUACUUUAGUCAAUCAGCAACUAAUUUAGAUAAUGCACAGAAGAGACAGGCAGUUAUUAAAAGUGUAUUUUCCAGUCGAUCUCUUCUGACCCUUGGUAACAGACAAGCAAGUACAAUUGAAUACCUGCCCACUCUUCGGAACAUUUGUAGGACUGAGAAGCUAAAAGAACAAGGAAAAAGUAAAAGAAGGUUCCUGCAUUAUUUUGAAGGAAUUCAUCUUGACAUUCCCAAAGAGACAGUGAACACUUUGGCAGCUGACUUCCCAUAG